AUGACACAAGUGCCUACAGAAGAGGUCAAGCAAGUACCUACUGUUGAUCACCAAGCAAAUGACACGGCCAUUGAGGCGGACCGUUUGAAUGUGCUCGGCGACAUUCAGAAAGGCAAACUGGACGUGAGCACUGAGAUGGAAGGCCCUAUACACGUCGAGAUGAGCGCUGUGGAUGACGUUUAUUUGCGCAAGGUAUAUAUUAUGAACAAGAUCAUCAAUGAGCACAUUGGCAUGACCUGGUGGCAAUACGGCUUGUUGAUGGUAGCCGGUGUGGGCUGGUUCCUUGAUAAUGCCUGGCUUCAACUUGUGGCUGUGAUUCUUCAGCCUGCGCAUGAUGAGUUCAAAGACCCAAACAACGACUAUGGAAACCAGAAUUCUGCCAUGUUAACACUGUCCCUAUACGCUGGCUUGAUUGUGGGCGCCGCUUUCUGGGGAUUUGCAGCCGACGUCGUGGGUCGUCGUUUUUCCUUCAACGCCACUCUUUUCAUUUGUGGUGUCUUUGGUACGGCUUCUGGUGGCGCUAAAAACUUUUACACGCUCGGCGCAUUACUGGCUUGUACUGGCGUUGGGAUUGGAGGCAGUCUUCCGGUGGAUGGCAUGCUCUUUUUGGAGUUCCUGCCCGGUGUCCGUCAACAGCUGUUAACUUUGUUGUCUGUAUUCUGGCCCCUAGGUCAGCUUGUCACUUCACUUAUCGGGUGGGGAUUUAUCGCUACUUGGAGCUGCACUUCUGAUGAUGACUGCAUGCAUUUACCAAAGAACAGCCGCGGAUGGGUAGAAAAAAACGUUGGCUGGCGAUACACGCUAUUCGUCACAGGCGCCUAUACACUUCUUUGCUUCUUUCUUCGCUUCGUGGUGUUCCAGAUCCCAGAAAGUCCCAAGUUUUUAAUCUCUAAAGGCCGCGAUGGGGACGCCGUUCGAGCUAUGCAAAGGUUUGCCAAAAUUUGUGGUAAGCCAUUGCCUGAAGGCAUGCUUACUGUGGCAUCACUAAGAGCUGCAGCUGGAGAAGAAGUGAAUGAAGAUGCUCUGAUCGAAGAAAUAGAAGAUGAGCCAGAUGGCUUUAUGGACAAGAUUAUGAAACCAGUCCGGGAAAUGCGCAUCAACCUCCGAAACAGUCAUCCUGCCGAAACCUUCACUCAUUUGCGUCCCUUGUUUUCAAAUUUUGCCAUGGGCUACACGACUGCCUUGAUAUGGACGCUAUGGGCCUUAAUUGGCUUGGCUUAUCCUUUGUUUAAUGCAUUCAUUGUGCUCUAUCUUGGCAAUGGUGAUGACGAGAGUAUUUCCAAAACGUACCGCAAUUAUGUGAUUAUUUCUGCAUGUGGUGUGCCUGGCUGUCUAUUUGCUACAUGGCUCGUUGAUCUACCGCGCGCUGGUCGCCGUGGUGCUAUGGCUAUUGGAACACUUUUGACGGGUAUCUUUUUGUUUGGGUUUACUGGCCUUGAUGGUAGUAAUUCAUCUGGCAAGUUGGGUUUCUUUUGUGCUAUUUCGUUUACGCAAAAUGUAAUGUAUGGUGUGCUAUUCUGUUACACCCCAGAGGCUUUCCCUGCACCACUACGCGGCGCUGCUGAUGGCGUUGGAUCAAGCCUGAAUCGACUAUUUGGUAUGUUUGCUGCCAUCAUCAAGUCCUACCAACCCAAUUCGGAUUCGGCCACACCUCUUUAUGUGUCAGCUGCUCUUUUCAUCGCUUGUGGCUUGCUCAUGAUAACGCUUCGUGUUGAGACAGCAGCACGCACUUCUAUCUAA